AUGUGUUGUGGACGGAUAUGCAUGCUGUGCACGUGUUUGCUUCUGGUGGUGAUCACGAUUGGGCUUCUAUUCGGAUUCGGAGUUUUCAAGGAUGGUUUCCACAAGAUCCACGAUUCUGUCCAUCUCGAUUGCGAUUCUAGAUUCGGCUGCGGUGGAGGCGUUGGCCGUCACGGUUACGGUUUCUCAUCUCCCGCCGGUAAUUAG